CAGCUGCCGUCGUUCUCAUUGGUUCCCCACAAGCACCGUGUCAGCUAUGACGUCACAAAGGAUAGCCGUCCUCUUCAUCGCCGCCAUCUUGAGCGUCUCGCUCACGCCCGCAAUAGCUAAAGAGGACAAGUCGACCAGCUGGUGGAAGUUUGGUGCCAUAGUAACCGGAGGAGAGGAGGAGUCGACCAACUGGUGGAAGAUUGGCGCCAUGGCAGCUGGAGGAGUGGCCGCAGUUGCUCUGGCCCCAGUGGCAAUAGGAGCCGCGGGCAUCGGCGCUGGAGGGAUCGUCGCUGGAGGGAUCGCCGCCAAGGCCAUGGCCUUGGCCGCGGCUGCCAACGGAGGUGGGGUGGCGGCCGGAGGGGUGGCGGCCGGAGGGGUGGCAGCCGGAGGGAUGGCGGCCAGUGGGAUCGCGGCCUGGCUGCUGUCCGCCGAGAACGUGAAGUCGACCCACCACGUGUGCAGAGAUGCCAAAUAUGUACCCGGAACAGUUGGUGCAGACUUCGUGUGUGGAUAAGAAAUGGGCUUCUCCACUGAAGGCUUCGCCACAAGCUACAACGGAGCCGGAGUGGUGAUGGCCAUGCUGCAGUCCAUCGGAGCGUCUUGGCUGGGUAUUGGGGUGGACCCCUUCAACAAGCAGCCGACGGGAGGAGAGGAGUAGGAGGCCAGCAAGUGGGCAGCGUCGAUGAGGAUGGGCAGCGCUGAGAGGGCAGCGAGCGCGCUCACCGUGGCUGGCCGCAGCAGUGCGAGGGGUUUCACAAACACCUCUCGUUGGCGCGGUCGGCCACGCUGAGGUAGCAGCUCCUCUGCCUCCUCCUGCCUCUCAUUCCUCUACUUCCUCUCAUUCUCUUCUGCCUCUCAUUCCUCUGCCUCCUCUUGCCAGUCCAGUCGGCCUAGUCAGUCUAGACGGUGUAGGCAGUCUAGUCAGUCUAGAUGGUCUAGACAGUGUAGUCAGUCUAAACAAUGUAGUUGAUGUAGAUGAUCUAAUCAGUCUUGAUGGUGUAGUCAGUCUACAUGGUCCAGUCAGUCUAGAUGGCAUAGACUGUCUAGUCGGUGCUGGACUGUGUAGUUUGGGGGUUUGGCUGACUAAGAUUUGCUGUGUACACUUCACUAAGCCUGGCAGACUCUCUAAGAUAAUCCCUAUAAAUAAAACGGCAUCCACAACUACUAUGCCUGUGUGAGUGAGUGUAUGUGAGUGUCUGAGUGUAAGUGUGUGAGUGUGUGUGAGUGUGUUAGUGUGGCAGAACUGCUGUGUACACUAUACUAAGCCUGGUGGACUCUCUAUCUAUAUAUAUAAAAUCGUGAAUCUGUCUGUCUAUCUGUCUGUCUGUGUGUCUGUGUGUCUCCGGACCAUACGCACUUUCAUUGGACGCCGGUUGCCCCUGCCAACGGCUAGCGACGCCUUCGCCGCUUUCAUUGGACCUGGCAACGGCUAGCGACGCCUUCGCCAAGGGCUGCAGUUUCAUUGGACGGCGGUUGCCCCUGCCAAUGGCUAGCCACGCCUUCGCCACUUUCAUAGGCUCCGUAAUUAAUUAAAUAAUAGCCAUUACUCAGUAUUG